AGACCAGACGUGUCCUACUCAGAAUCCCAAACCUGUGAGCAAAUGGAUUGCUUUGAGAAUGGGAAGUUUUGCACUCAAACGGGCUCCCAGCAGCACAGGGACAGCAGUGCCUGUCAGGUGACCGAGGCUGGCAGACCUGUCAGACGGCUCCGGAGGAAGAGGAGACUCCCUCUGGAUUCGGAGGAUGAGGAGGAAAAUGCAUAUGAGGAUGAGGAGAAGAAUAAAUCAAAUAAUAUGAAAAGCCGCAGAAACACUAAACCAAUAAAACAAGUGCUUCCUGGGAAGAAGAAGGUAUGGAACUGGGUUUCCUACUUGGAAGAGGAACAGAUGCCAGCUGCUCCCCCCAAACUGUUCAGAGAGUAUCAGUCAUUCCCACAAGGUCGGAAUGGAUUUAAAGUUGGAAUGAAAUUGGAAGGGCUGGAUCCUGAACACCCCUCUCGAUUCUGUGUUCUCACAGUGGCUGAGAUCCAAGGCUACAGGAUGCGACUGCACUUCGAUGGGUACCCAGAGUGUUAUGACUUCUGGGCUAAUGCUGAUUCCUCAGACAUCCAUCCUGUGGGCUGGUGUGAAAAAACAAGCCAUAAGCUGCUCCCUCCUAAAGGUUUCAAGGAGGGAGAAUUUAAUUGGACUUCCUAUCUGAAGAAUUGCAAAGCUCAAGCAGCUCCAAAAAGCCUUUUUAAGACCCUCAGCACUCCUGUCACUCCCUCUGGGUUCCGUCUGGGAAUGAAGCUGGAGGCAGUGGACAAGAAGAACCCCUCCCUGGUCGGUGUGGCCACCAUCACAGACAUGGUGGACAACCGGCUGCUGAUCCACUUCGAUAACUGGGAUGAGAGCUACGACUACUGGUGUGAAACGAGCAGCCCGUACAUCCGUCCUGUGGGCUACUGCCAAGAAACUGGGACCCCACUGACAACACCACCUGGAUACAAGGAUUCCAAAGCCUUCUCAUGGGAGAAAUACUUGGAAGAAACUAAUUCCCAAGCGGCCCCAGCAAGAGCAUUCAAACUGCGCCCCGCUCACGGAUUCCAAGUUAAUAUGAAGUUGGAGGCUGUGGACAGGAGAAAUCCCAUCUUGAUAAGAGUGGCAACUAUAGUCGACAAAGACAACCAUCGCAUUAAGAUCCAUUUUGAUGGUUGGGACCCUCAUUAUGAUUUCUGGGUGGAUGCAGACAGCCCUGACAUCCAUCCCGUGGGCUGGUGUGCCAAGACUGGACAUGCUCUACAGGUCCCUCUAGGUGCUGAGGAUCCAGAGGGAGCAGUGGGACAAGUGUGUCCCACUCCAGGCUGCCACGGGAUUGGGCACGUCCGGGGACCACGAUAUGGGACACAUUACACGUUAGUUGGCUGCCCCUACUCUGACGUGAACCUCAGCAGAGAGAGCUCCUUACAGGACCGGCUGAGCGGGGAGAGACCUCCCCCUGGGAAUACCAUGCAGAAAGCCAAGAGGCUGGAGACUCCUGCCCCAUUCCUGCUGGGAGCAGGGGAGUCUUCUCAGGGAGACUCUCCCCAGUCCAGGAAACUCUUGGAAUUGAGCACCAUUGAAGCAAACUGUGGAAAAGCUGCACCAGACGGUGAGAAGUGGUGUCAGAGCAGCGUUCACACUCCAUCAGAGCAGUCUGAAAACAGUCAGGAGAGAGACUGGGGAGAGGAGGAUUCCUCUGCAGACAUCAAAGCCACCCCAAAAACGCUUGGGUGCUCACAUGCCUAUAUCAAGUUCCAGCUGGUGAAACAGGAAAGCAAUGGGAAAGGCCCUGAUUUGGAUCUCCAGCAGGCCCUCCACCAGUCCAUCUUCAUGCCUUCCCUGGCCUCUAACCCGACCCACCGGCUCCAUCUCUUCUGGGAGCAGCACUGCAGGCUCUUGCCAGAGGUCUCGGGCCUCACGGCCAAACAAGUUGCCAAAUGGACUGUGGAAGAGGUGGUGAGCUUCAUCCAGCGUUUACCUGGCUGCAAGGAACAAGCCUCUGUGUUCAGGGAAGAGCAGAUCGACGGCGAGGCCUUCCUGCUCCUCAAGCAGAACGACAUCGUUAAAAUCCUCAGCAUCAAGCUGGGCCCUGCCCUGAAGAUCUACAACGCCAUCCUCAUGUUCAAAUCUGCAGAAGACAACUGAGAGGAGCCCCUUUGGGCGCAUCCCAGAGGGAAUUCACGGGGAAUGGGCCUUCAGCUGUGAGCAUUCCAACAUGCCCGGGGACUCGGAUGUAUUUUAAGUACAACUUGGUCCAAAUAUUUUGAGGUUAUAAAAAAAAAUCCUGCCACAGUCUGGAAUAUGGGGCAGCUUCACUUCCAAGAAGAGGAUUAUUAUUAUUAUUAUUAUUAUAUUUUGUAAUUGAAUUUGGUUUUGAUAUAUCAAUCUCUUUUGGAGAUGGAGAAGAAACCUCCGGUUCUAAGGGGAAUCCAGGGUAGCAUUGGUGGAGCUGCAGGAGCAGGAGGAAAGCUUGGAGUAAAACUGACUCUGUGUCCAUGAUAGUGCCUGAAAGAGAGACUGAGUGAUCCCCAGCGAGUUCAACGUGUCCUGUGUGUGUAAGAGAGAGAGUGAGGAAGGAGGAAAAAGAUGCACUUAAAGCAACUCCCCCAUGUCCUUCACUGCUGUGACUCAGGAGCUGACCUUUUCAGGACUGUUAAAUUCCAGUGUCUCCUACUGAUCCUGGUGGUUCUGAUCCCCUUGGCUUAAACCAGAGCAGGAAGGGAGUGUGGGCAGAGGGUUUCCAUCAGUCAUUGCUUCUGCCAGCAAGCAGAGCCCUCAUUUAGCUCACCAGGACCUGUGGGAGUGGGCUUUGGGGAGGAAACGAUCCCAUAAAGGAAUCCCCCACAGGAGGCAAAGGUAAAUGUUUUAGCUGUAGUUCCCCCUCAGUGCUUUUAUGCAGCUGCUCUCUGGGCCAGGAACAUUUUCUGGCAAAAUGGCACAAUCAGGAGCACUUGGGGACUGGUUGGGCUUGUUCUUGUCCUCUGCACUGUCAGCCAAAAGCUGGGAAUAGGGGUUGGAAACCCAGCAGUGGCCACAGUGUGUGUGUGUGUAAACAGAUUUCCUAGAAACAAAUGGCUUUUCUUUUGGCCAAUCCAGACUGAUGAGUUGUGCUUUGCCCCUUCUCCCCUCGAGUGGGACUUUGGAGGGUCCUGUGGGGCAGGGCAGCAUCUCCUCUGCCUGUCCUGGAGGGAGGGAAGGCAGGCAGAGCACACAUCCAGGGAAGUUGGAUUGGAGAGGAAUCAGGGCUUAAACAGACAGUGAAAUGGGGUGGGAAUCACUUCCCAAAAGAGCUGAGGUGCAUCAGGAAAGGGAGCACAGCCUGUGUCCCUGUGCAGGCAGCCUGUGCUCUCCUGGUGGGGGGGGAGCACAAGACUUUCUUGCUCUGCUCAG